AUGCCCCCAGCCAGGUCUCGUGUCCAACUACAAAAGCAUCUCUUUACGACGAAAUACGAGACCAAGGCUCUGGGAGUGAAACGCUCAACGGCUAAGGUUGCGCUUCAUGAUCCAUAUGAACCCAAUGCUCUGGUACUUUACGAACCGCCGGAGCGUAAUGCUCACGAUUGCCUAAAGUCCGAUUCAGACAAGCAGUUAGUUCAUGUUGUUGUGGAUCCUAUUCUCUCGGGUGUUCUUCGACCACAUCAGAGAGAGGGAGUCAAGUUUAUGUACGAUUGCGUCACUGGCGUCAAAAUCCCUAACAACUAUGGUUGCAUUAUGGCAGAUGAAAUGGGCCUUGGGAAAACCCUGCAGUGCAUUACCCUAAUCUGGACCCUCCUGCGCCAAAGUCCUGAGGCGAAGCCGAUGAUUGACAAGGCUAUAAUUGUUACACCAAGUAGUCUAGUGAAGAAUUGGUACAAUGAAUUGAAGAAGUGGCUUGGUAACCGAGUGAACCCUUUAGCCAUAGACUCUGGCUCAAAAGAUGAAAUAGAUCGAAAUCUGGGCAAGUUCUUUUUGUCUUGUUUUGUAUUUCCUGGGUUUCUUGCUCAGCGAGGACCACGGAUAGCGAAUCCGAUUUUAAUUAUCUCCUAUGAAACCUUCCGGUUGCAUGUAGGGGAAUUGCACAAAGGUACCGUAGGACUGGUCCUCUGUGAUGAGGGCCACAGACUGAAGAAUUCUGAAAAUCAAACUUAUCAAGCACUUGUACAACUUAGCUGUCAAAGACGGGUGCUUCUUUCUGGAACUCCAAUUCAAAACGACCUCCUUGAGUAUUUCAGUCUUGUCCAUUUUGUGAAUAUGGGCCUUCUGGGUACGGCUGCGGACUUUCGGCGUAAGUUUGAGGUGCCCAUUCUCCGUGGUAGGGAUGCAGACGCGACUACUGAUGAGCAGAGUAAAGGUGAAGAAAAACUCCAAGAGCUUCUUGGGAUUGUCAGUCGUUGCAUCAUAAGGCGAACUCAAGCUCUUCUGACACAAUAUCUUCCUGUAAAGAUCGAACAGGUGGUAUGCUGCCGAUUAGCACCAGUCCAGGCACAAGUCUAUGCCACCUUUGUUGAAAGGAAGGCCCGUGAAGUGUCGGCCCAGCUCAGUGGGAGUGAAAAAAAGCUGUCUCUGUCAAGCCUCGCUUCGAUAACACAUUUAAAGAAGCUUUGUAACCAUCCUGAUCUCAUAUUUGAUAAGAUACGUCAAGGCUCUGAUGGCUUCGGUGGAAUGCUUGGUUUCUUCCCUCCCUCUUAUGCUAGCUGUCCAGAAACCGGUCGCCCUGCACAACCCGAACUUUCUGGUAAAUUCCAAGUACUUGACUGUAUCCUGGCUCUAAUUCGAACAACCUCAAACGACAAGGUUGUGCUAAUUUCGAACUAUACACAAACCCUGGACCUUUUCGAGCUCCUCUGCAAGCAUCGCAGCUAUGGCUAUUUCCGACUUGAUGGAACGAUGUCCAUAAAGAAGAGGGCAAAAGUCGUUGAACGCUUCAACGAGCCCAAUUCACCGGAGUUCGUCUUCAUGCUGAGCAGUAAGGCAGGUGGUUGCGGACUGAAUCUGAUUGGUGCAAACAGACUGGUGAUGUUUGAUCCCGACUGGAACCCAGCUAAUGACGAACAAGCCAUGGCUCGUAUAUGGCGCGAUGGCCAAAAGAAACAGUGCUAUAUAUAUCGUCUCAUAUCGACUGGUACAAUCGAAGAGAAGAUGUUGCAACGUCAAGCCCACAAAAAAGCCCUAAGUAGCUGCGUUGUGGAUCAACUGGAAGAAGUGGAGAGGCAUUUCAGUCUAGGAGAGCUGCGAGAAUUGUUCUGCUAUCAUUCGGAGACUCUCUCGGAUACGCAUGACAGAUUCAAGUGCAAGCGCUGCGUGAACCGCGUACAGACGAGGCCCCCGCCACCGGAGGCCGACUGCAAUUGCGACUUGUCGUUGUGGCACCACUGUUACCAGCGCAAGGCCCUCGACGACUACGUCCUCAAGGGCGCCUGGGACACCCAGAUGAUUAGUUUUGUCUUCUGGCAGCACUCCCACGAGGAGCAGCGCAAGACUGUCUAG